UCUCCAGAGCCGCGGGGGGGCGCGCCGAGGCGCGCAGGCCGCCACCCGGGCCGCACCGCAGGUGCCGUGGCGUGCAGGCCGCGCGGCGAGAAGCCACGCGCUCGCCCAGGGCCGCUCCCCGCAUGCAGGCCAAGAGCGCACUCCGCAGGGAAGCUCGGCCGGGGACUCCCGCAGCGACGGCGGGCAGGCCCCUCCAGUGGAGCCAAAAGUUGGAUGCAUCCUCCCCUGCACGCAGGCUGAGAGCACAUGCCGCAGGGAAGCUCGGCUGGCGACUCCCGCAGCGAUGGCUGGCAGGCGGAGCCCGCCGCGCGCGGCCGCCUGCCCGGCGGGGCAGGGCCCGGUCGCGUUCCGGCAGUGGCCGCGGGAAGGAGCAGCACACGCUCGCGGUGGGAGAGGACAUCCAGCUCCUCGCUGCCGCGAGCCCCGAUUCCGAGACCACGGGCUGCAGGCGCCGGCCAAGCCCAGAAUGUCGGACGUCGCCGAGGGAUUGGAGCGGCUGGUGGGCGCGGUUAGCGACUACUUGCCCGGCACGGCGGGCGCCGUGGCGGCUGGGGUUUGCCUCGCCUGCUUUAUCGCCUGCUCCGCGACCGUCGCCUUCAGAUUCGUACAGAGGUGCUUCCGGGCGAGGCGGCCGAAGGGCCCCGCCCCGCCCGCCGCGCCGCCCAACGAGGCAGGCGCGCUGCCCGCUGCCAGCGCAGCCACCGCGGAGGCCCA